AAUAGGGGGGGGUCGAGAUGCACGUUUCCGCCGCUCUGUCUAUUAUCAAACCCGGCCGCCCGGCUCUUGUUGGUUUGUUGCGUGUGAUUUCAGUUUCUUGUGUCAGUUGUGAUGCUCAUGUCACAUUUAACUUUGCAAAAUAUACGAAACGAGGUAUCUAAAGUCUGUCUCGUUGGGAGUUAUUCAUGUUAAGCCCUCAGGAAUAUAUUUGAACAUCGACUCGGCUCCAAUGACCCCUAAGACAACUGCCGAUUACUCUUAAUUGAAUCGAAAUAGUUGCAUGUGGGGGUGAAAGUCACCAGUUUCUGCCUAUGAAACACAAUCGAAAAGAAGAGACUUUGGACCCGGAUUUAAUCAGCAAUACUCCAUGAACCGCAUGUAAUCAUCUUCGACUCACCGUCUCCUGUUAUAAUAGUCCUCAAUGAGCCGGUUCUUGUGGCUUGUACCCAAGCACAAAAAUAGCAACUAUGCUUCCAAGGGCAGGAAAGGACUUUUUGGUGCGAAUCUCGUUUUAUUCCAAACCCUUUUUUCAAGGGAGAUACUUGAUAGUCACAAACACGUUGAGCGGAGGAGGCAUGUUGGCGCUCGGCGACUUUCUUCAGCAAACCCGUGAGAAGCGAAAGGAUCCGGAGAGAGUUCGGGACUGGACACGGACAGGACGCAUGUUUGCAGUGGGAUUUUCCAUGGGACCAGUGCUGCACUACUGGUACGGCUGGCUGGAUAAGUUCUACGUCGGCCAUGCGUUGAAAACAGUCGGCAAGAAGGUUCUGGUGGAUCAAAUGGUGGCAUCUCCGACCCUUGGACUGUGGUACUUUCUCGGUAUGGGUGUUAUGGAAGGUAAAACCUUAUCCAAGGGAUUGGAAGAGUUCAAGGACAAGUUCUGGGAGUUUAUGCUGGCCGACUGGUGUGUGUGGCCUGCCGCGCAGAUGGUUAACUUCUACUUCCUGUCACCCAAAUACCGCGUCAUCUACGUCAACACCAUCACCUUAGGUUGGGACACCUACCUGUCCUACCUGAAGCACAGGGACGACAGGCCGCAGGCUGUGUCGGUUUCAGACUGUAGUACCCCGGACAUACACCAGGAGGACCCUCAAACUGUUGACUCAACCAAGCCACAGGAGCAGGAAGUUUAGAGCAAUAAUCCAAUAUUCCUCAUGAAGAUGAACGCUCUUUUGGUUUCUGUUCACCCGUACAAUACACUUCCUGUCUUUGUUUCCCAGACAGGAAGUGAGGUAACAAAGCAGUAAUCGACCUGCAGAAGGGCAGCUAUGAGAUUGUCAAUGAGGAAGAAUAGACAAGAACUGAGCUAGUUAUUGACCUAUUUACUGGAUAGGUUUUUCUGCCGGACAAAGUGUCGGACAUAAAGAUUAUUGAACCACUAAGAGGGGAGAGGAUCUGUGGGUCAGUUAUUGUCAUUAAGUCAAUAUGUUUUAAUUAUGUUUUUGCUGAAGUUUAAGACAUCAAGCCCAGUGGUGGUUGAUUCAAUCACCAGCAAGAAUGUCUAAUUUUACACUCAAUGAAUGAAUGAAUGACAUCUGGUGUUAAAGGAACCUCACAUAGUGACUUCUAACACUUACCAACUGCUAGCUAGACUGUAUUCAGUAAAUCACUCUCCACUGCCAAGGUAACUGAAUUCCCAGUUAAAGCUACUUUUUUUUUUAAACGAAUUAAUGCAUUAAUCAUUCAUUCAACAUACGUCCAUGCAGAAUUAGAUGCAAUUAAUUAUUACUAUUUCAGACGAGUCAAUUGUUUUGUCGAACCCAAACCCGGCUUAAUAUUUGAAACCGUGCCUGACCUUUGGCCAUGCAAUGGUUAGAAGCUGUAGAAAAUGUAUACCUAAUCUACAGAAAGUAUUAAAGAAUUUUUAUUUAAAAUAUUUAUUGUGAAGAAAUUGUACGCAAUAUUUAAAUUCCAAAUAUGCUGUCAUACUGUUAUAUAUAUAUUUAUAUAUACAUAAAAUAAUUAUUUCUGAACCUUG